AUGGACAAGACACGAUACCACAAACACCCUUUACCUCCCGGUCCAUCUUCCUCCCAACUCGAACCGGACGAUGAUCUCCUCGCCGCACCACCAGCUUCUCAACCCGAACCACCUCAAGAACCGCCCCAAGCUACCUUGGAGAAACCUGCAGACUGCGUGAAUAUCCAUCCCACGCCUCAUUUUUCUUUGUUAUGCAUCAUGAUGGACAGGUUGAGAACCGAGGAAGCGAGUAAGAGGAGAGAUAUAUUGAAUAGAUUCAUGGAUCUGUGGAGGAUCAAAGUGGGGAACGAUCUUCAUCCCUUGAUCAGGCUCUUACUUCCCGAUAGAGAUAGGGAAAGACCAGUGUAUAACCUGAAAGAAGCAAUGUUGGCGAAAUGUUAUAUCGAAGUGCUGGGUCUAGAUAGACAUAGUGAAGCGGCAAUGAGGAUGAUCAAGUGGAAACAGCCUGUAGAUGGAAAGGCUGAAUCGCACUCUGGUGAUUUCGCUAGAGUAUGUUACUAUGAGAUAGCAGCCAGAUCGACCGUAGAGCAAGGCCAAUUAUCUAUCGACGCAGUGAACAUGUUACUCGAUCAGCUAGCUCAGGGGAGACUGAAACAGCAGGAAUACGUUCCUAUACUGAGAAAGAUAAACCAACAGUGUACAGCAGCUGAACAAGAGUGGAUAAUAAGGAUCAUUCUGAAAGAUCUGAGGAUAUCGAUUAGAGAAAAAGGCGUUUUCGGAUGUUUUCAUCCUGAUGCUGGAGACUUGUUCAACGUUUGUUCGGAUCUCAAAAGAGUAUGCUGGACUUUGUAUAGACCAGACAAGCGGCUAGAGAAGAAUCAAGCCAACAUCGAAUUAUUUCGUUCUUUCCUUCCUCAACUAUGUUAUCGAUCGCCCUCUUCUUCACACGAAGCUAUAGCAAAAUUGAUCGGAGGACCGACUAACGAGUUCAUCAUGGAGGAAAAGCUGGAUGGGGAAAGAAUGCAAUUACACAUGAGAGGUAGUGGUGCACAGUGGUUUUAUUGUUCGAGAAAAGCCAAAGAUUAUACAUACCUGUACGGAGCACAUGUAGGAGAAGGUAGUUUGACGCAACAUAUUGCGGGAGCUUUUCAGGAUGGCGUAAGAAAUAUCAUACUGGAUGGUGAAAUGCUUGUCUGGGAUCCGAUUUUAGAGAAAUACGUAGCUUUCGGAACACUCAAGACGGCUGCUGGAGAUCGAGUGAACGACGAGAACGCGCCUCGACCUUGUUUCAAAAUCUUUGAUAUCCUUUACCUGAAUGACCGAUGUCUCACUCACAAACGAUUAUCGGAACGUAAGCGAUUGAUGAGAUCGGAUCGGAUAUUCAGAAAUAUCGAUGUAUAUAAAGGCAGAUUGGAAUACGCCGAGGAACAAAGAGGGAAGAAUGGGAAGGAUAUCAGAGCAAUGUUGGAACGGAUUUUGGAAUCUAGAGGUGAGGGAUUGGUGGUAAAGAAGGCCGAUGCGAUAUAUCAAACGAAUUCUAGAGGUGCAGAUUGGAUCAAAGUGAAACCUGAGUAUUCUGACCAGAUGGGAGAAAAUCUCGAUCUUCUGGUUCUAGGUGGAUGGUGGGGGAAAGGGGGAAGGACAGGGAAGAUAUCCAGUCUUCUUUGUGGACUGAGAGUGCAGCAGGAUGAUGACGGGACGGGCACGAAACCAGAAUUUUCCACAUUUUGCUCGGUCGGGUCAGGUAUGAGCUACGAGGAUUAUGAGUGGAUUUUGAACAAGCACAAAAAUCAUUGGAAGAAUUUCGAUAGAACGAAUCCACCAUCGUGGUUACAGCUUGGUCAGAUAGGAUUGGAUGAUAAACCCGAUGUUUACAUCGAACCUGAAAACUCAUUCGUAGUAGAGGUAAAAGCUUCAGAGAUCGUCCCUGCAGCUGCCAACUAUGGAUGUGGUUAUACCCUUCGAUUUCCCAGAUGUCGAUAUAUUUACUUUGAUAAAGCCAGUAGAGAUCAUCCUACAGGUGAUGACAGUCAAGAUAGGGAUAUGUGGAAUUGUCUGAGCUUAGAUGGUAAGCUGAAGUUUUUAAAUGGUCGAACUCCAGCUAAUGGCAGAACAGAAUUUAUGGCUCUUCUAAACAAACCCAAAAAGAGAUAUACGGAUGCUGAAGGUGGAUCGUUCAAGAAGAAGCGAAAAGUGGUCACCAGGAAGAAAGUCCAACUGAUGGCGUCCACUCGAGGUCAGAAACUCUCAAGUGAUCAGGUAGAAAGCAAUAUCUUUGGCGGUCUGACGUUCUAUAUACCAAAAGGCACUACCCAGCAUCCUAAGCAGAAUUUGGAAGCUCUGGUUCACAAGCAUGGAGGAGAAUUCACUCAAGCCCAAUUGUCGGACAUAUCGGCCUUGGUGAUUUCGCCUGAUGAGAAAAAUCCUCUUGUUCGCGCCCAGAUCCGAAAAGGAGUAACCGUGAUCAAGCCUCGAUGGAUUUUUGAAAGCAUAGAAAGAAGGAGACCGUUACCCAUGCUGGAAGAACUGCUAGUAUUCGCCUCUGAAGCAGCUAAAAUGGACCGAUACUUCGGUAAAACGUUAGAAGAGAUUGACAAGAUGACACUUGUUCGUGAUCGUGGUGGAUCUGAUGGUCUGGACAGAGAAGAGGAUGAAGCUGAAGAAGUUGAGAAUGACUACGAUCAAGAAGACGAUAUGGCUCAAGACGGACAUGAAGCCAAUAAAACAGUUGAACAGGUGAAAAUGGAAGAGGAAUGGGGAUUGCGCAGUUCGCCUUCGCCUGUCUCGUCUCGACCUACCUCUCGAGCUACAUCUAGAGCUGCAAGCCCAGAUGAGAGUGAUACCGAUGAUGAGAGGUUCAAUGAAUACAAAGAGGAAGAAGAGGAGAAUGAUAGUCAUGAAUCUUCGCCGGCUGCUGGGGAGGACUUCAGGUUGUUACCUGUCAGAGGGGUUGAUGUAGCAGAAGAUGCGGGUAUGGGUGCAGAUCCCUCGGCUAUGAAUUAUGAUGAAGAUAGCAUCUUCAACCAUUUGGUGUUUUAUAUCGAUACUCCUGGGAAUGCAAUUGAGAAUGACUUAAGUCCAUCAUCACCACCUGGUCAAGCCACGGAAAGAUUACAACAAGCUGGAAAGUUAUUGCGAGAGAAUGGGGGCAAGAUUGUAAACAAUAUUGAUCAUAGGAAGUUGACUCAUAUCAUCAUGGAUGAUGAGGAUUCUGGGAGGUACGCCGAAAUAGUGAAGAAGGCUUCCCUACCAAAGCGGAAACACAUCGUACUUCCAAGCUGGGUAAUUGAGUGUGUUGAUGAAGAGACGCUCAUGAAUGAGGAUGGUCACAAACCGAAAUGA